AUGCCGCAGCUGAAGCUGGUGCCCCGGGCCCUCAUCUCCCUGCUGGGCCUGCUCCGGCUGCUCCAGGUGGUCCUGUGCUGUGCCACCUUCAGCCUGGCAGCCUCUGGUCCCAGCCUGGACUCCCCAUUCGGAGUGUGGUGUAUGUGUUCUUGGUGUCUCUGUUUCUUGCUGUCACUGGUCGUCUUGGGGCUGGAGGUCCUGGGUUUGGACCAACAACUGCCCCUGUCCUGGGAGAACUUUACUUCAGGGGCAGCCAUGCUGGCCACCUUGCUGACCUUCACUGCCUCCAUCAUGUACCCCAUUGUCUUUGUGCCAAGGGACCCAAGGGGCUGGCACUACCAGGCGGUGGCCAUAGCCACAGCCCUGUCCUGUAUAUGCUUUGUGAUCUAUGCGAUGGAGGUGGGACUAACCCGGGCCAGGCCUGGCCAGCUUCGGGGUUUCCUAUCCACUGUGCCUGGCUUGCUGAAGGUGUUUGAGGCCUAUGUGGCAUGUGUGAUCCUGGCCCUGGUGGAUGUCAACCACAUGUAUGCCCAGAAUGUGGGGUGCCGGUGGUGUAUGGCUGUGUUUUGUCUCUGCUUUGUGGGCACGCUGCUCAUCAUAGGGCUCAGCAUAGGGCAGCGGCUGGGCACCUUGCCCUUGCCUGUGGACAAAGUACUGGUGGUCCUCACAGGCCUGGCCUCACUGCUCUAUCUCUCAGCUGCCAUCACAUGGCCCAUCUUCAUCUUCAAGGAUACUCUUCUAGGUCGUCAGUUCAGCUCAGCAGUGGGAGCCACUGUCCUCACCUACAUCAACCUGGUGGUCUACACUGCUGACCUUGUCUUCUCCUGCCGCAUGGUGUUCUUCGUGGAGUCCACAUAG